UUCAAACAACAGACCCUAGCACGCUGUCCUUUCUUCUCGGCCUCAAAAUCCUAUUUCAGCCUCGCCGUCCUCAGUCACUGUUUUUUCUCGUCGCUGCCCAUCAUGUUUUCUCGAAUCCGAUUGUAUUGUCAUAUUCUCAACUUAUUUGUUGUAGUCGGUUGGCUAUCGCGUUGUAUGUGUUCGUAUUGCAAUUGGUUGUCUCGCCGUGGUUUUUGUCUCUGAUUUAGUUUACUAGCUUCGUAUAGUUGUGUUUUUUUUUUUUUGGAUCAAGUUCUCGGAUUAAAUUUCGCCUCUUUUGCGUUAUGCUUGUAGACCAUAUGCGAAAAUUGUCUCUGAAAAAGAUUUCGAAUGAAAACGAAAUUCUUUUCUUACUAGUGUGUAGUUGCAUAAUUUUCCACCCUGAAGUUCGAAGUCUUGAGUAGUACUUUAUGUUUAAAGUAUUUGGGUCAUACACAAUCCCAUAUCUGUUCAUGCAUUCAGAGAUCUGACCAUAAUCACUCAUUAAGUCAUGGCCCUCUGGUAGCCAUUUUUGUCCCAUGUUUACAGGCCUAGUUGUCAUCUUGUAAUCCUUCAAAUUUAUAUAUUUCAUUGUUCUGGGUUAAUUUUGGAUUAUUUGCUUCUUUGCCUUGCCUCUUGUUUCUGCCAACUUCUGUUUUCAUGUCGGCAGUUAUAGUUGUUUAUAAAUCAUUUUUGUUAUUUUUUUCUUGGUACUUUGGAGGGAGAUUUUUAAUUUCUCUUCUGUGCUUUAGCUUUGUUUGAAGAUUUCAUAAAUUCAUUUUUUUAGGUUUAUAAUUCCAUUGCAUUUGGUGUGGCCCUGGGUUUACCAAAUUGUGUUUCCUUUUGACAGGCCGAUUAAAAUGGAAUUCACCUAUGAUUUUGUCACUACUAGUGACAUUACGCUAGGGAUUAUUACUUAUGUACGUGCUAACAACCCACGCGGAUAUGAUUUGUGUACUGUUCAAAAGUUUUAAAAACAUGAGCAUGCGGAGAUGGUAUAUAAGACGCUGAUAGAUUUGUUUGGAGACUUGGUACCAGAGACACUAUCUCCCUUUCAAGUUGGAGAGGAUCCUUCAUGGUACCUUGCUAUGUUCCCAUCUCAGAUUCCCUUCGAUCCAUCUGAUUCCGUCGACAAACUCUAUGGAAUCCAGUUCAUAUCAGAAUGGUGUUGGGCCUUUGAUCAUUCGGAGCCUUUCGCGAAGUUCAUGAAAUUUGAUAUUCAAGGUGAGGAUCGACAAGGUGACGAAGCUGAGGUGCGUGAUAAAUUGAAGAAACUUUUUGAGGAGAUCAAUAAAGUAUCUGGUAUUAAAGGUGGUCUAACAGCAGAAUUUGAUGUUUUUUUUAGGCUUUCGACUUGGAUGAUCCAAUUAAAUUAUUUGACAAUAUUCUCUUUGCAACGAAGUUUGAGCGCAUGGAUUUCAUCCAGCGCUUACAUACAUGAUACAUUCCUUGAAAAUAAUCACGACAUUGUGAUUUAUGGUGACGACACUAAGGAUGCAUUUGGGGAGGAUGGCGAUGAACAGUUGAACCAUCUAAUUGAUGAACUUUCGCAAGAGUGGUUCACAGGCGACCUUCGUGUCUUCAUUUCAAGUACAAAACGCACUUGUGAAGUUAUGAUGGAUCCCCAAGAAGCCAAUAUGAGGAGAUGCAUUCAAACCAUAUCAAAAUUGUACCAUUAUGUUGAAGAGAAAAGUGAAUUGGACAAGGCUCAACUUGUGGAGAAAAUCCAUUGCAUCUUUCCGAAGCACAUUGCUGCAUUAGCUCGAGGUUCAAAGAGGUUGAAUUUCCUGAUAUCAUUUGAAUCAUGUGAGGAUUGGAUUGAUGCAUUCGAAAAUGUUAGAGACAUUGUAUUUCAUUUUUCGUGAAAACAUCUGUUAGGACCUUAGGCUUAAUACAAGAGGGGGUAAAUUGUAUAAAGUAAGUCUUUUUAAAA